AUGCCUCGCUGCAUCCAGCUAACCUUAAGACUAUGGCUGCCGUGCGAGGGUGAUUCACUUAUUGUCGCCACGCCGAUCGCCAAGCUAAAAGCUAGAACGCCGAACUUUACUAGACCCUGCUGUCGGUGGGUACCUACUGCAUCGACAUAUCAAGCAGCGCAGAGCUUUCUAAGGCCAUCAACUCAAUAUUUCAGUAGUACAUGGCUAUGUUGGGAUCUGUUGCUACAAUGCGUUAUAAAACCCCUUCUGCGCAAUGCGCUCCCUAUUGGCCAUAUCUGGAACAAAGAACCGCUUGAAUUUAGAAACGCUGCUUUAAAACCAGGCAAUUAG